GCGAGUCGAGAGGUCUGCAGAACGUCGUUAGGUGACUCACGUCUCGUUGAAAACUAUGAUUUGUAAUUGAUUUUACGGGAAUACAAGAAACAAGAGUGUUAUGCCGAAAGAUAUCUUACCCGAACUACGGCUUGCAGAUGUUGCCGAGUUUGCCCCAAUCGCCAAUGUUGAGCCAGAGCCCUUUUCCUUUAACUUUGCUCGUGAUCAAAAUGACAUGUUGGAUGUAUCCAGUCAUUCUGAUGCUGGAGCCCAGGUGAUGGGAAGGACGGCACAAGAGAAUGGUACACCGGAGAUGCCAAGUGGGUCGUUUUGUAACGCGAACAGUAUUAACAGCAGACAAAUGGAACAGAGUGGAUUUCACGGAUUUAAUUCUUUCAACUCAGAAAAUGAAUCAACGCAAGUUACCAGUGGGACCAGUUUUUCAGCCAAUCAGCACAACACUUUCACAAACUCAUUUGUUCAGUCAUUUGGGGAGGACACAGAAUAUCAGGCCAAGCUUUUCACUGGUGUUUCUCACCCAGGUCAGAUGCCAGGACCUAUUUCGCCAACUGGUAGACAUAUUAACUUAUGCGGAAAUGUGAAACUCAAAGGUCAACACAGUGCAGAUUCUCAAACUAAUCAUGUGGUUGGAAAUGAGUACCAAGCUCAAGACGCCCACCUAAUGGUAUCAUCUCAUGACAACCCCUCACCCCAGCAUACCAGUCAGCUGGCUUCAACUGUAGGCAAGCAGAAAGAUACUUUAAAUGCCCAGCAUCAGAUGAUGGUAGACAGCCCCCAGCAUACAGGUGUAAACAGCAUACAGCAAAUGGAGUUGAAUAUGCAACAGCAGAUGGGGGUGAAUGGUGAACAGCCAAUGAACAUGAAUGAAUCACAGCAGACAAGUGAGAUACCUGAACAGCCUGCAGGUGUGAACUCUCAACAGCAGAUGGGUAUGAAUGGUCAGCUUCAAAAGGAGGUACAUAGACAGCAACACAUGGAUGUUAAGAUUGAACAGGAGUCUGGGGUUUAUCAGCAAUCAGAUGUGAACUUGCAACUACACAUGGAAGUGAAAUCUCAAGUGCAAGUGGACGCAAAUGCUCAGCAACAGAGAGAACUGAACUCAGCAGGACACAUGGUUGUGAGCAGUCAACAAGUGAACGAAAUCGAUGAGCAACAGAUGGAUGUGUCUGCACCCCGUCAUAUGAGUGUGCACAGCUCACAGCAGAUGGGUGUGAACAGCUCACAGCAGAUGGGUGUGAGUAGCCCACAGCAGACGGUUGUGAACAGCCCACAGCAGAUGGGUGUGAAUAGCCCACAGCAGAUGGGUGUGAACAGCCCUCAGCAGAUGGGUGUGAACAGCCCACAGCAGAUGGGUGAUGGCCAACAUCAGAUGGGUGUGAAUAACCAAAAUCAGAUUGGUGGGAACAACCAACAUCAGAUGGGUGUGAACAUCAACAACCAGAUUCAGAUAGGCAUGAACAACCAACAUCAGAUGGGUGUGAACAACCAACAUCAGAUGAGUGUGAACAACCAAAACCAGACAGAUGGGAAUAACCAACAUCAGAUCAGUGGGAACAGCCAACAUCAGAUCAGUGGGAAUAACCAAAAUCUGAUGGGAGUCAAGUCUCAACAACAGAUGGACAUAAACACUGAACAGCAAAUUGGUAUGAACACACAACAUAUGAAUUUAAAUGUUCAACAACAUGUGGGUGGGAACACUCAGCAAUCAGUUGGCAACACUUCUCCUCAGCAAAUGGAAACGAGCUCUCCACAGCAAACAGGUGUGAAGGAGCAAAAUCCAAUGGGUUCAGACAGCCAGCAACAAGUAGUCCACCAUCAGUCAGUAAAUGCUCAACAUCAGGUGGGUGUAAACGAACCAUCACAAAUGGAUGUCAACAUGCAUCAGCAGACAGGCAUGAAUUCAGUCCUCUCACCACAGCCCGUGGAUGUUCAUAGUCAUCAGCAGAGAGAACACAAUAUCAACUCUCAGAGAUUAGACAUGAGCCAGACGGACACUUUACUAAGCACGAUGCAGCAACAGUUAGACAAUACAGGACCUGUAAAUGUAAACAACUCAAUUCAUCAUGUCAACAGUCCACUACAACAAUUUGGACAGAAUGUGAUGAGCACAUCAAUAGACACCACCUUCAAUCAGUCAGUGCACCUGAACACCUCUCAGCAGGUGGACCUAAGCUCCCCUCUACAGUCUCCUACGCCUGGUAACCAGCAGCAAAACAGUGUGCCCCUUGAGAGCUCAGCUCAGCACCAACAGGGCGUGUUUACAGGCUCGCAGCGCCCUUCAACCCUAGGUUUGAAGAAAGAAACUAGCAACUCCCAAGCACACUUUCAAAUGGAGUAUUACAUGUCCGAAAUGGAGAAAACAAAUACAUUUACGACAGCAAGUGGUCACAAUCCAUCCAAUCAGUUUGCUCCAGACAGCAGUGGGGGAAACCAUUUCUACUCACCUGGCAACGAAAACGUUAAAGUGUCACAAGGCCCCAGUGGCAAUAUGAUGCAACAGGCUGGUAACCAAACAAUGGAUAAUAAUACAUUUGGCUACAUGGCUAGUCACACUGAAACCAAUUCACAGAAUAUGUCAGAAAUGAUGUGCGAUGCUGCUAAUGAGGUUGUAAGCCCCAGGCCAGAUGCUGGAUCAUUUUUGAACAACACUUCUCAGUCGGAUAGACCUGUCGGCCAUCAAGCAGCCACAGGGCAUGUGGCAGGAGAUAAUCAUUUGGGGAACUGCCAUGAUCAGGUGUUGUCUUUUGAUGUUGUGGCUAAUGGGCAAUUCCAAUCCGAAUCCGCAGGUGGGAUUGCCGAGGGCAAGCCUACAUCAUUUCAGUUUGGUGAUGUACAGCGUCAGGACACAAUAAAAGGCUGUCCCAAAGAUCUGGGACAUUUCAGAAACCUUUACUCAGACAGCAACUCCAGCAGUCAGCAUGUGAGCACAAGUACUUCUGGCCAGGCUAGCCCCUGUAACCUGGACAGUCCAUAUGUUGUUGGCUCUGAAGGGAACCUGGAGCAGACAAGUCCAGUACCUCCAGUCCAACCCAGUGUGUCCUGCAACGAAUUCACAGAGUCACUCUUCUCGCGACUUUUGGGUCAGUUUAACUCGAGUGCCACAUCUGACAGCCACAAUAGCACCUCCACCUCCCACUCUUUAACUACCACCCACCAAUCCAUGGAGCAUGAUGUGAACAGCCAAGCUAGUCUAGUGGCUAUGUCUGAACAGUUGAAAAUUAUGGAUACUAGUAAAAACACUGUAUUUCCCAUGCACAUGGGAUCAGAAUUUGACCGGCUCCUGUCUGUUUUAAAUGAGGACACUAUAUUUCCUGAAGAUCUGGAUUACAAAGGUCUGAGUUCACAAAUGAUUAAAAACUCAAGUGAACUAUCCACCAGCACACAGACGGCGUCCUCAUCAUCACUUUCCUUCUCCAGUCAAUUAGGGCUGACAGCCUUGAACUCUCACAGUUUAUCCACCGCUACUGUUGAUAGUUCGACCAGUGGAACUCCUACUCCAAGGCCUACCAGUAUCGCUGCUGAAUCCGAGAACAGAACCUUUAACUUCCGUAAGCCAUCCAGUGAAGCCCCAAGAGUGAACAAGAAGCAGACCAGACGGAACAACAAGAAGCUUAUAGAUGCCAGCCUGUGUCAGCAGUUCCCGUCCAGUGCUAACGGCUACCAGCUUCAGAUAGUAGAGCAGCCGGAGGAUCAGCACAGGGCCAGGUACAAGACAGAGGGAAGUCGAGGCUCCGUCAAAGAUCGCUCCCAACAAGGACACCCAACAGUCAAGCUUGUUGGUAUUCACCAGGCUGUUACCCUCCAGGUGUUUGUGGGAAACGAUUCUGGCAAAGUCAAACCUCAUGGCUUUUAUCAGGCAUGUAAGGUGUGUGGGAAAAAUUCUACUCCUUGCACUGAGAGGGAAAUUGAUGGAACGACAGUUAUUGAGCUACAGCUAGAUCCUACCAGUGAUAUGAUUGCCAAAAUUGAUUGUGUUGGGAUCCUGAAAUUGAGGAAUGCAGAUGUGGAACAGCGAAUGGGCGUCGCUAAGGCCAAGAAGAAGAGUCUGAAAGCUAGAUUGGUUUUCCGUGUGUCCUUCAAGUGCCCCGAUGGUGGUUGCCAAACACUGCAGAUUGCGUCUCAUCCUAUCCUCUGUACCCAGCCUAUUGGUUGUCCAGAAAUCUGUAAGAAAUCAAUGACACAAUCCCCUGUUGAAGGAGGAGGUGAACUUUUUAUCAUAGGCAAGAACUUCAUGAAAGGGACUAAAGUUCUGUUUCAAGAAGUAGGAGAAAACGGAGAAACUGUGUGGGAGGGAGAAGGCGAUAUUGAUACAGACUAUUUCCAAAAUACACAUCUGAUUUGCAGUGUGCCAGCAUAUCGAAGCUUGUUGAUUACCGACCCAGUCACUGCACAGGUCGUUGUGCAGUGCAGUGGGAAGACCAGCUAUCCCCAACCCUUCAUCUAUCAUCCAAAGGUGAAACAGGAGAGCAUGGAAACGGAGACCUGCACCCCCAAGUCUUUCCUGGACAAAGUUGCACCAGCUGCGCUCCAGCUGAAUGAGAUGAUUUCCCCAACAUCAGGCCUGUUUCAGCUACCUGCUGAUGUGGCACGGACCAUAAUGUCCCAGAAGAAAAGCAUGAAGAUGGAAACUAACCAGGACAACCAAGCCUGCAGCAGUCUUCUCUUCUCUGCCAUGUCUCCGAGUACAGUAGCAUCUGAUAGGUCCACCCUCCCCCCAGGAACGAGCGUCAUUCUGUCAGCAGCACCAUCCUGGAACUCCACUUCUCCACCCAUCCUGCUGACACUGGGCGGCGUCAACGGGGGUCAAUCGGGUAGUAACAUGAGUAACAAUCAGUGUGUACAGCCUACUCUGCCGAGUUAUAUAGUCGUGCCACCAGUGGGCAUUAGCAACCCUCAGACUAAUGUCUCCGGUCAAGUGGUGGACUUGCUGCGGCCAGUCUGUAACGGGGUCUCAAAGCCCUCAUGACCAGAGCUCACUGGGAUGUCACCUACUGUACUGUUUCAUUAGGGUCCUGACUGUGGAUGGUUAUGUACUUGUGUUCCAACGAAUUCUCUCUGGUUCAUCACAACUGGACUGAAAAUCAGCAUUCGUCCUCCUCAGAUUCAGUAUAUGAUGUAGAAGUGGAGCUGACAAGUAUGGGGUCUUUGACUUUGUGACAGGAGUGAAUGACUGAAGAGGGAAGCACUACUGUUAACAACAAGGCUGCUAUUUAGCUUUUGCUUGAAGAGCUCCAGGCAUCAGUACAUUGAACCAGGCUUUGUGCCAUGUAAUUUCUUCUGUGUGGUCACUGUACCAUGAGAGGAACCACUAAGGCUUGACAACAGACGCAAGAUCAUUUUGAUGCAGAGAAUCGAGUCCUGUGACAAUUUGUGGUCAGCCAAAUUUUGUGCCCAUACACUUGUUCUUGUAAAAAUGUUAUCAAAGGUUUGACUGAGGUAUUGGCUUGAGGACACAUCAUCACACUUAUCGACACUUGAGUUUUGAUUUUAAUCGUGUCUUCGGUGAUCUCAAUACAUUUACAUGCAAUCUAAAAUGUUUGCACAGGAUCCUAAUGCCCCCAGCUUAAAUGUGUCUCUCAGUGUCUUAUUUUUUCACUGAGGCAAACAUCAGAGUCGACACUAUUGUGCCAAUUUGUUUUCAUCUUUUAAAACAGUAUUUUUGCUUGAUAAAAAUAUUUGAUAUUGUUUAACCUACAAUUUUCAGAUAUGCUUGUUAAUACUUCAGUUUGUAACUUUAUUAUACCUGCACAUGUGUAGUGCAGUUGUAUUCAGUGUCAUCACCAUUAUCUUUGUAACUUCAUGUGUUAAUUCAUGUUAGUUGUGUUUUGACUUCAGCUGAUAUGGUGGAACUGACCAGUUUGUUAUGUUACCUGGUGUUAAUACAUGUGAAAAGUUUGUAUGUAUUUGUACAUAGAUGAAUGUAGGUUUUUUUUUUUUGUUACGUCUGAAUUCCAAUACAGACUUGCACUAAGGUACCAGCUACAUCUAGUUUUGACAGCUGGAUUUGACAGGAGAAUUGUGCUUUUUUAGUGUAUGUAUAUAGACUGAGGUAUCAGGGGCCUAAAUCCUGAGAGCUGUUUGUGAUAUUUUGUGCUACUGUAUAUUGUGAGUUGGUGUCUUAUGGAAGCAGGACUAAACCAUCCUCAUUAAAGUCACAUGUUGAUGGUGUGAACUUGUAAGAAAUGAACGUCUCCUGAAGUCUGUUUAAAAGUCUGGUCUUAAUGGUCCUCAGUUGUAUGGAUUAUUAAUUAUCUUGAUUACCUGUGAUUUAUUAUAUUUUUUUUAAGCUUUUGUCUACCAGUACCAAGUAUAAACUUUAGCUUGCUCAUAAUAAUUUUGUUAAUAUUUGCCUCUCUGAAGUGCAUAUGUGACAUAUGUUAUCACAUAUGGAAAGUUUUACUUAAUCUUGUCCAGAGCUAAGAAAUCCAGUAGAUAACAGUAUCGGUAAUGUGUGUCACUUGAAAGGCUCUCAAGUCCAAGCACACCUGUAUAGCACAAGCAAUUUACAUUUCAUAUUACUUGUUCACAUGGCUUUUAAAUUUGGUAGCAAGACUUUUUUCAGUAUCAUGAUGCAAAACAUGUACAUGCUUUACACACACACACACACUAUAUAUAUAUAUAUAUAUGUAUACACCCACAUACAUAUAUAUUCAUGUACUUGUGUUUUUUGGUAGUGAAGUGAUUAAGAGUGUAAUUAAGUGUGUUCAUAACUCAUGACUGUUAGAAUGGGUUCAUGGUUGAUGUCAGAUGCCUUAGUGUGACUGUAGCUUGUACACAAAUAGGCCUACACAUGUUGUUUUAACACACUAACCAUUGAUGAGCCUGAUCUUCUACAAGGUGACUGUCAUAGCACCAGUCUGAGACCUUAGUAAUAAGUGGGGGUUUUUGGGGAUUAGAAUAUUUACAUUCAGUUUAGUAUGGUUUUAAUCUGUGUAUAGAUGUAAAUAAAACAAAAUCAGAUCUUUACACUUAGUGUUGAUGUUAUCUCCCACAUUGCUCCCCACUGUGGUCACUGAGUUACUUGGCUGAAAUGUAUUGGUAAGAAACAAGUGCGAUACUUCAAAGAUUAUGUCAGUAUUCUAGAUUUGAUUAAAACAUACUUCCAUGGGUCGAGUUGUGUGUCUUGUAUGACCACAGAUGUGUAUUCUUUCUCAAUCCAUUGAGGAUUUCUGUUCACAUGAAAUAACUAUGCUUUUGUCAGUCAUUGCAUACUGCCAAUCACUUUACCACCGGAAUAAUUGCUACAGAAGAUCAGGUAGUCUGCUGUUAGCUGAGGGUUUCAGUUUUGAAUAUUUUUAACAGUUAGAGCACAUUUUCUGCAUCCAUUAUUACAUGUAUUUUGUGUGUCAUAAUCUCCUGUCUGAAAUAAGUGUAUCAUAACAACUGUGACUAAUUCUCAUGAACGACUGUUACGAACAAGAUCAAGUCAUUAAAACAUCUGUUCAAAAUAAAGAAUGUUUGUAACACAUCUGUGUUUGA